CAUUUAAUAUUUGACCAACAAAUUAUGAAAUAUGUCGCGAGGCUCUAUUUAUCAAUUUGUGUGACACAAACAUUUAAAAACCUUAUAUCUAAAUUUAAAAAAAAAUAUAUAUUUAUAAUUGAAGAUUAAUAAAAUUCAACAAAAAUUUAUCUUGAUGGAAAAAAUCAUAAAGAAAUUAGGAAGAAGGUGAAGUACAAGCUCAGAAAAAUAGUUGCUUUGUCUUUUGUAGGCCAAACGUUAAAAAAAUUGAUUAGAUUCGUGAGCUGCUGGUUGCUGGUUGACUAUGUAUUGAAAAAGGAUAUAAUAAUGCUUAUCAAAAAUGUUUUGCCUGAUAAAAGCAGAGCGUGACCCGGCACAACUGCAACACAUAUAACUGCUAGCGGUGCCCUCUCAGCUCUCGCUCUAAACAAGGCGCAUAUUAACCAAAUACAGUCGCAUCAACUGUUUUGUUUUGUCUCCGAGUCUAGAUAAGCGCCCCUUUACUUUGACAGAUAAUACAGUCCUCCUGAUGGUGGUACUGCUGGUGAUAUAAAAGAGCGUCCAUCAACGGGCUGCGCAUUAGUAAGGAAUUGUGAACAAGACCAAAGUAUUCCAAGAUGAAUAUUCUGUUGGUGCUCGGAUCGUUGUUGACUACUUUGACUGUUAGUACGGCCAAAUAUGAGCCCAAUUGGGGCAGCAUUGACGCCCGGCCCCUUCCCGGCUGGUACGACCAAGCCAAAGUUGGAAUUUUCGUACACUGGGGCGUUUUUGCAGUGCCUAGUUUUGGAUCCGAAUGGUUUUGGAAAAACUGGAUAGGUAAUCAAAUAUUUCAAUUAAAUUUUUUUGCGUUUUUCAUUAUUCAAACCUGUGUAUUAGAUUCAAAUCAAACGAAAUACAAGAAUUUUAUGGAGGCAAAUUACCGUCCUGGAUUUGCUUAUCAAGAUUUUGGACGAGACUUUACAGCCGAAUUUUUCAACCCAGACGAAUGGGCCGAAAUUUUCAGUGCAGCAGGCGCAAAGUAUGUUGUAUUGACGAGUAAGCAUCAUGACGGUUUUGCGCUCUGGCCCUCCAAAUAUGCCUUUGGUUGGAAUGCGAAAGACGUAGGGCCGCACCGAGAUCUCAUAGGAGAUUUGGCGAGUGCGGUGAGGCAGUAUCCCGAGAUGAAAUUCGGUUUGUACCACUCCCUAUAUGAAUGGUUCAACCCUUUGUGGUUGGAGGACAAGAAAAACGAUUUCCAGACCAACAAUUUUGUGCACGGAAAAAUCAUACCGGAAAUGCAUGAGCUGAUCGAAAAUUACGCACCGGAAGUGCUUUGGUCCGACGGCGAGUGGGAGGCGCCGGACUGGUACUGGAACUCGACCGCCUUCCUCUCCUGGUUGUAUAAUGAGAGUCCGGUGCGUGACACGGUGGUCACCAAUGACCGCUGGGGUCACGAAACGCUUUGCACACAUGGAGGUUUUUACACUUGCCAGGACAGAUACAACCCUGGUGUACUGCAGCCUCACAAAUGGGAGAAUGCGAUGACGAUUGAUAAGCACUCCUGGGGCUUCAGAAGAGAGGCCAAAUUUACUGAUAUUUUAACUUAUGAGGAGUUGAUUGAGCAAAUUGUUUCUACUGUCAGCUGCGGCGGUAACAUCCUGGUCAACGUAGGUCCUUCGAAAGAGGGCAAAAUUAUGCCCAUUUACGAAGAACGACUUCGGCAAAUGGGCAAGUGGUUGAAAGUGAAUGGGGAGGCGAUUUAUGGCAGCAAACCCUGGACGUACCAGAAUGAAACACUUCAAACCGGUGUCUGGUACACACGGCGAGAAGGUUAUGUGUACGCAUCAGUUUUGCACUGGCCACAAAAUAAUCUUCUCACUCUCCAUCGGCCGGAGGUUGGCCAAAACAAUGAGGUCUUCAUCCUCGGCUACGGCGGCUCCGCGAAAGUCAAGUGGCAUACUGCGGGCAAGGGCUUGGAUGUGAUGCUGCCGGACGUUUCUCAAAGCUCAGCGCCUCUUCCUUGGAUGCUGAAAUUCACCAAUAUUACAAACUGAAUCUCAUUUGUCAUAAUUAUAAACAUUUAAGAAUCAAAGAGAUAAUUUAAAUAAAAUUUUAUUGAAUAUAA